AUGGCCUCUGCGUUUAAAUCUAUUCGAUAUCAAGCCUGCGAUAAUAACGAUGAUAGUAAUAAAAAUAAUGAACUUAUUUCAAUAUCAACAACAACUCAUGGAUCAUCAAAAUCAUCAUUACAAUCGAAAAGUAUUCAUUCAAAUACAAAUCAAAAAUUUAAUAAUAAAGUAUCAAAUUCUGAACUUUGUGAAAUAACAGUUUUACCUAUUACAACAAUAAAACAAUCACCAACUGAAACACCAGCAUUAUCCCAUUGUCUACCAUCAUUAUUUCCAUCAUUAAAUAAUAAUAGUUCAUCAUUAACACAUUUAUUACCUACAACAUCAGCAUCAGAAUCACCACCAACAAAAAAUAAUUUUAUAACAUCAUCAAUUGCUCAAUUACCGAUUACUGAACUUGAACAUCAACCACAAUAUACAUCACCACAAAUUCAUACGGAAACAUCAGCCUAUACUCGUACAGGUUCACGACAAUCAAUAUUAGAUACAUUAUCAAAUAAAUUUUCAGCCGUAAGAAAAAGUUCAUCAACUGCAUUUGCUUUGGCACAACAACGUCUUUCACAAGGAGAAAAUAUCAAUCUUUUCUCACAAUAUCAAGGUGAUUAUAUACGUCAGUCACGUCAAUUACGUAAAGCACGUCGACAAGAUAUAAAAGCUCGAUUUGAAAAAUUUCAGGACGGUACACUGACUAAACGUGGUACAACAUCAUCUCGUCGGUUCACAUUUAUAUUUGAUCCAAGUGGUCGUUUAACAUAUUGGUGGACAUCAAUUGUUUCCAUUGCAUUUCUUUAUAAUUUUUGGGUAAUUAUCUAUCGGUUUUCAUUUCAUGAAUUAAAUUAUAAUAAUAUUUUAAUAUGGUUCAUAUUCGAUUAUGUCUGUGAUUUAAUAUAUAUAUUUGAUAUUGCAUUUAAUUUUCGUACGGCUUAUCUUGAAGAAGGUGUAUUACAAACAGAUCCAAUUAAAUUACGUCAUUAUUAUAUGAAUACAACACGAUUUUAUAUUGAUUGUUUAUGUUUAAUGCCAUUAGAUUUUUUAUAUUUAUCAAUUGGAUUUAAAUCAAUUGUUCGUCUAUUUCGACUUGUUAAAAUUUAUCGUUUUUGGACAUUUCUUGAUCGUACAGAACGACAUACGAAUUAUCCAAAUUUAUUUCGUACAAUUGUUAUGAUUCAUUAUCUUUUAGCCAUAUUUCAUUGGAAUGCGUGUCUAAUUUAUAUAUUAAAUACACGAAAUAGAAUGGGUUUAACAAAACGUUUUAAUUUUACAUUUAAUGAUAUUGGUCUAGAUUAUUUUAAAGCACUCUAUUGGAGUACAUCAACAUUAACAUUAACAGAUAAUUAUGAAACAAAGCCAACAUCAAAAGAAGAUUUUGUAUUUAUGAGUAUUGAAUUAGUAUUUGCUUUACUUUUAUUUGCCACAAUUAUGGGUCAUGUAGCAUCAAUUGUGGCCAAUUUGAGUAAUGCAAGAAAAGAUUUUCAAGCUAAACUUGAUGCUGUCAAAACAUACAUGUCUCUUCGUCGUCUACCAAAUAAUCUUGAAGAUCGUGUCAUUCGUUGGUUUGAUUAUUUAUGGAUGAGUCAUAAAUCUGUUGAUGAUAAUCAUGUUUUAUCCUUACUUCCAUAUAAAUUACGUGCAGAAAUUGCCAUACACGUUCAUUUAGAUACAUUAAAAAGAGUUGAAAUAUUUCAAAAUACAGAAGCAGGUUUUCUUAAUGAACUUGUUCUACGUUUGAAACCCGUUUUAUUUUCACCCGGUGAUUUUAUAUGUCGAAAAGGAGAGGUUGGCAAAGAAAUGUACAUUGUUAAUCGUGGAAAAUUACAUGUAAUGGCAGAUAAUGGUAAAACAGUUUUGGCAACACUUAAAGCAGGUUCAUAUUUUGGUGAAAUAAGUAUAUUGAAUAUGGGUACAAGUGGUAAUAGGCGAACAGCAUCUGUAAGAUCCGUCGGCUAUUCGGAUCUAUUCUGUUUAUCUAAAGAAGAUUUAUGGGAAGUUCUUAAAGAAUAUCCGGCUGUACGAGUGAAAUUAGAAGCAAUUGCUGUUAAACGAUUAGAAAAACAUAAAAAACCUUUGAUUCAACAAAUCAAUAUGAAACGAAGUAAAAGUACACCCGGUUUAGUCGAAGCAUCAACUCGUCUUCCAUUUAUCGUGCCAAUGAGACGUACAGGAAGUGGCGCAAAUCGAUUAUCAUCAAUACGAGAAACAGAUAUCCAUGCUGUUGGUUUAGCAUUUCAAAAUUCUUCAUCGUCUCAAUAUCAACAACAGCCUACACAACAACGUGCACAAGCAACAAUCGGUUAUUCGUGUGCUGGUUUAAAUUCUCUAGAUAGAAAUCAACCACAACAAAAGAAUUUAUCAUCAAGCGUCAAUUCUCUAGCAGCACCAUUGGCAUCUUCAAUCAGUGUUACAUCGUCACUGAAUUCUCAUUAUAUCGUACCAAAUUCAACAUCAUUAAAUCGUUCUUCUCUUCUUGAUCAACAACAGCCACAGACAAAACAAAAUCAAGUAUCUCCAAUUAUGACAAAUAAUUUUUCAUCAUUACCACAAACUGCCAUAGCAGGUAUAAAUCAUUCAAUGUCAUGGUCAAAUGGAACAAAUUCUAGGCAAUCUUUCACCGUAUUUUCAAAUUUAAAUCGAACAUGUUCAUAUCUGACUACAAAUCGAAAUCGUUCGAAUAAUAAACAUCGUCUUGAAAGUAUAAUCGAUAAAAACGAUUCGUUAUCAAAUCCAACGCAAACUAUAUUAAUUGAAGAAAUUCAACAUUUAAGACAACGUUUAAUUCAAUUAGAAGAAGAUAAUGCAUCAUUAAGUACAAAUUUAAAACAAAAACAUUGGGAACUAAAAAAUCGUCUACGGAUGUUAGAAAAAAAUUUGGAUUCAGAACAAAAUAAUAAUCCAAAAAGUUUAAUUUUUGGAGAAUCAUUUAGCACCGAAACAGACGAUGGUUGCUCAGAAUCUUUUCCAGGAAUAAACAACGACGGCUCAUUAUAG